AUGCAUCCCUUCUACACCCGGGCUGCCACCAUGAUAGGCGAGAUCGCCGCCGCCGUGUCCUUCAUCUCCAAGUUCCUCCGCACCAAGGGGCUCACGAGUGAGCGACAGCUGCAGACCUUCAGCCAGAGCCUGCAGGAGCUGCUGGCAGAACAUUAUAAACAUCACUGGUUCCCAGAAAAGCCGUGCAAGGGAUCAGGUUACCGUUGUAUUCGCAUCAACCAUAAAAUGGAUCCUCUGAUUGGACAGGCGGCACAGCGGAUUGGACUGAGCAGUCAGGAGCUGUUCAGGCUUCUCCCAAGUGAACUCACACUCUGGGUUGAUCCCUACGAAGUGUCCUACAGAAUUGGAGAGGACGGCUCCAUCUGUGUGUUGUACGAAGCCUCGCCAGCAGGAGGUAGCACUCAGAGCAGCUCCAGCGUGCAAAUGGUAGACAGCAGAAUCAGCUGUAAGGAGGAACUUCUCUUGGGCAGAACAAGCCCUUCCAAAAACUACAAUAUGAUGACUGUAUCAGGUUAA